UCCUGGAGCAGGGAGUGGAGGCCCGGGCAUCACCAGGGUGUGGAACCAGGCUUCAGGGGAGCUAGGGCCUCGGCUGCGGACUUUGGGCACCGAUUCCAGGGCGGGUGGAUUCUCUGGGUCCGCCUUCGCGGUGGUGCUGAGGAAAGGUUUCAGGGACCAGCUCGAGCUGUUUUGAAUCUUGGCGCUGGUGCACUGAGCAGUUUAGCUGUUGGUUAGCAGAGCAGGUGCGCCAAGGAGGGGCCGGGGGCCGGGGCGGGAGGGUGACCACAGGACGAGGCUUCUGAGGGGAAAGCCUGGGCCUGUGGUGUCGGCCAACCCUCCUACUAAACCCGCCCUUACGGUGCACCUGGGCCUUUGCUUAUCAAGCUAAUUGCUACCUUGAGAACCGACAUUUAAAAAAAAAAGUUUCCUUGCUAAUCAUAAUUGUAGGAAACUAUGUGAAGCAAAACUCUUUCUGAAUUCUGAAAGACAUCAUUUCACCAUGGGACAGCAAAUUUCGGAUCAGACACAGUUGGUUAUUAACAAGUUACCAGAAAAAGUAGCAAAGCACGUCACCUUGGUUCGAGAAAGUGGCUCCUUAACUUAUGAAGAAUUUCUUGGGAGAGUAGCUGAACUCAAUGAUGUAACUGCUAAGAUAGCUGCUGGCCAGGAAAAGCAUCUUCUCUUUGAGGUACAACCUGGGUCUGAUUCCUCUGCCUUUUGGAAAGUAGUCGUACGGGUAGUCUGUACCAAGAUUAACAAAAGUAGUGGCAUUGUGGAAGCAUCGCGGAUCAUGAAUUUAUACCAGUUUAUUCAGCUAUAUAAAGACAUCACAAGUCAAGCUGCUGGAGUGUUGGCUCAGAGCUCCACUUCUGAAGAGCCUGAUGGGAACCCAUCCUCUGUCACAUCUUGCCAGGCUAGUCUGUGGAUGGGCAGGGUGAAGCAGCUGACGGAUGAGGAGGAGUGUUGCAUCUGCAUGGACGGGCGAGCUGACCUCAUCCUGCCCUGUGCUCACAGCUUCUGUCAGAAGUGUAUUGAUAAAUGGAGUGAUCGACACAGGAACUGCCCCAUUUGUCGCCUACAGAUGACUGGAGCCAAUGAAUCAUGGGUGGUGUCAGAUGCACCCACUGAAGAUGACAUGGCUAACUAUAUUCUUAAUAUGGCUGAUGAGGCAGGCCAGCCUCACAGGCCGUGACCUGGGGGGAGACUUUCUGUUGUCAUUCUGAACUACAAAUACACUGUUGUCAUAGAGGACGAGGGGAGGGACAUUGUGGCACACACAGAAAUAUCAAUUUUCCCACCCUCUUAUUUUUGCUAUUCUGAUAAUGUCCCAUUCUUAAAUAAAUUCCUGUGUCUUCCAUGUAUGGUGGGCUACAGUUUGCUACUGUUUAGCCAUAUUUCCCACAGCCCACCUACUCUGUUGCUCUUGAGCCCGUUGCUACAGAUAGCAGCAAUACUUGACACUACUGCUUUUCAGGGAGUGUUGACAGUUGUAGCCAUCUGAGAUAAAUGACUGAAAGUAAUGUCUCAGCUGGAACCUGAGGUGCGCGUGCUCUGCCCCCUUGUGGUUCAUUCUGGAUCCUUCAGUACUGUGGACUAAUUGCUUCCUGAUUUUAUAUAUAUCACUUUCAGCCUUGGGUUCGGAACUCCUUAACUCUUUAUGCUGCCAUGAUGCGGCACAUGGAUUAGGACUGUCUGGUUGGGACUUUGUCUCGAAAAUGGACUGUACUGGAGGGAUCUUCAUGGCUGUUUUAGAAAUGCAUCUCUGGACCUGGAUAGGUGUCCAUUGGAUUUUUUCAUAAUGCCCUUGUAGCUUGAGUUUUUCAGAAGGAAAUUUUUUCUUUAAGUCCCCUUGAAGAAAUUUUAGUAUUCCACAGAAAUCUUCUCACUGAUUUUUGGCAAGUUGCAAAUGUUCCUGUUAUCCUAAGUAUAGACAUACAUAAUUAAAGGUACUGCUUAUUGAUUUUUGAUUCAGAUUCUAGUGAAUAUUCAAAUAAAAUCCCUUUCAGAAAAAAAGGUCUGACUUGAUUCUGCCCCCAAAUACUGAAGACGUAAGUAGUCCACUCACUGUAAUGACAGGACAGUGACAUACCAAAUGGCUAACUAGUCCUGUUGGGCAUGUGGGCAAGCACAGUGCUGUUGUCUGUCAUACCUUAGCUGUGCUGGUUUCCUGACCUUGAGAACGUCUUACUCUGUUGUAGGUUCCUAUUGAGAAACUGAGAUUGUAUUUGUGGUUUUCAAACAUUAGCAUUUCAAGUAAAUUUUGAGAGCCUAUUCUCACUGAGUACAUACACACAUGCUACCCCAUUAUAGAGAAGCUACAUUUUAUUAAUACAGGUUUCCUUAUAUAAACCUUACACAGUGUGAUCGCUUUUAAGUCAGUAUAUGAAAAUGUGAAAAUGUAUUGGUGAUACAGUUUCAUUAGAAUUUGUGAAUGAAAAACUUCUGUUUUUUAAAAAUAAUCAGGGCUAGAGGUGUAGCUCAGUUGGUAGAGUGCUUGCCUAGUGUAUAUAAAGCCUGGAUCCACCCCAGCAUAAAACAGUGCUGCUGGUACACCCCUACUACCCCAGCAGCUCCAGGUCAUGCUCCACCACAUAGUGAGUUCAAGGAUAGCCUACACUGAUAUACUGCUUCAAAAGAAAAACAUUGAGGUGGUCAGACUAAAGAGAUAACUCAGUGGUUAAGAGCACUUACUAUUCUUGCAGAAGACCAGGGUUUAAUUCCUAGCACCCACAUUAGUGGUUCACAGCCACCUGUAUCUCCAGCUCCAAGGGACCCAACACCCUAUUCUGACCUUCUAGGGUACCUACAUGCAUGUUACACACCACACAGAGAGACACACACUAACAAAAAUAUCUUUAAAACAUUUUAAAAUUAAUAUUUGCAGAUGACUCAAGCUCCUCUGUUGGUUCUCAAGUGCUCCAUAGAACAUAUUCUUUAAGCCUUGGAAUGAGUGAUCUUCAGAGGUAUUUUCUAGCCCUAAAAUGUCAUUUUGGAUUUAGACUUGCUGGGUUUAAUUCAAAUUGUCUUAAGUGUUUCUGAAAUGAGUAACAUAGCUUUAGGGGUUGGGAAUACUUCCAGCAGUAGCCAAUACUUCUAUUCCCCAGAGUCCUUCACUUUUGAAAGAAUUGAAAGAGAGUCCAAUGACUUGAUAUUGUCCACUGCCCUUUACUUAAAGUAUGAGCUCCGAGAUACUAACUGGUCUCCUGUGCAGUGUCAGUGUCUCUAACUGCCUUAUCAAGUAGUGAGCAGAGUUCUCUAUGCAUUCCAUUGAACUGGGUGGUGACUCUUCAGAUGGCAAUAGGAGGUAGGGUUCGCCAUAGGUUCUAAUCAUAAAAGUUGUAAAUUCGUCUCUUGAGUAAAAUGUAUACUUUUUCUAUUAUGUACAGCUUUGUCUUUUUAAAAUAGGAACUACAUAAAUACAUUUACCAUGGUAGGAAAUUGCGUGCCUUCAGAGAUGUGCAAACUGCCUCCUGCUUUGGAGAAUUGUUGUAAAUUGUAUGGUAGUGCUGUGUUCACUCAGCAAUAGCAGGUUGACUCAAAUGCUGUAGACAUUGGGUUUCAGAAUGAGUUUGACUGUGUACUGAUGUAAAGGCUGAGAACAACAAAGCCUGUUUUAUUCUUAGGAAAAACUGAUACAAUGUGCAAUAAGUAAACUUUGCAAGUGAACGUUAGCUAACCAAGACUUUUGCUUAUGUGAUUUCACAUUCUUAUAUACUAAAUAUUUAUAUUAGAUGACUGUUUUAUAUUGUGCUCUGGGGCCCGUAAUGUUUGUGUGCUGUUUUGAGGUGAUUUUCUUGUAUUAAUUUAUAACUGCGUAAUAAGGCUCUUGGAAACCUUUUGGACCCCUGACUUUUUAACACUGGGAAGUUGGUUCAUUAAAAGACAGUCUGAAUAACUUGCA